AUGGGCAAGUAUAAAUCAAAGAGCACCCUCAACUCAAGAGCAAAUCAUACCAUUAAUAAGAACUUAGAUAGAACAUUACAUCCUAUAAUCAAUGCACGAGAGGCCAAGAAGGCUGAGUUGAUGGAGCAGUACGGACUACCCCCCAAUACAAAGUUUCUAUUUUUUAAGCAAGGACGAUUCUUCAAAAAGGUCCCUCGAUUCCCCAUUAAAUAUGGAACAGUCGUAUGUCUUGAUGAAGACACUUCUGAUUUACUACUGGUCGCCCGGUUUGUUGAAAGGACAGAAGGCAACGAAACCCUAUUCAAAUCAUAUGAGCAUUCUAUUAGUACAAUCUAUACGCACGCUAAAGCUCGAGGAAUUGUCAAUAACAAUGGAGCCACUUAUAAGGAGAGGCGUCGACUCCGAAAGUAUGGAACUAUGUAUGCUUUUGGCUUGAGACCCGGGUAUGAGAAAGGGGUAGCAGCAGGUCAGUCACAUGAUCAUAUAUUCUCAGGUAUCAAUUUAAGCAUGACUAACUUAUCAGAACACAAUUUUAUGAUAUCAGGGACGUACACUUGGAAUGAAGAAACUGCUGCUGACUAUGCCAAAAUGGAGGCAGACCUUAAACGACAGGGCAACUUACCUGAAAUCGAAAACUUCAUUGCGGAACGAUUUUCAGGUCUCUCCUCCAAAGCCUUCCUAUCUAAUCGCAUUAUAGCUACAAUUACCGAUGCACCUUCAUGGGCAAAUCAAUCCUUCUACGUUUCGCCCAAUGCGCAAGUGUUUUCUUCAAACAUAACUAUGACUUGUGAUGAAUUUACCAACAAAAAGCACAAAGAUCGUGAUGCCACGGAUUACGCCUUCGGAUUUUUUGGCUUGGUCGAUCGUACUACUGGCAAUCUAUAUCAAAAAGAUUCCACUUCUCCUAGUGGCAAUUCCAUUGGUGCACGCUUUGUACUAGAUGAUUAUAACCUUGAAGUUGACCUGGACUCGUGCGACGGGGUUGUUGAGAUCUUGCGGUCCACACGUGUCAACCAUCACACCACCCCAUCAAAAACGUACAAUCACGAAUACGAACGUGUCAGACCAGAAGAGGCCGAAAUCACCCGAUUUGCCUGCUCUUGCCAGAUCUCUCAGGCCCUGGUCGACAGGAUUUCCAAAGUGUAUAGAUUACGGGAUGGUAUGGAUGACCAAGAAUGGACUUCAUACCGUGAUACUCAGCUCCAUGGGUAUGGAGUGCAGGCGCACACCAAGAUGAAGGCAUUGGCAUUAAAGCUGGGCAUAUGGGAAAAUAAUUUUUGA